AUGGGAGCCGCACCGCGACCACGCGCGAGUCCCGACGGGCGACCAGCAUCGUUAAGAUUGCCGUUUACGUCGUCGCGUGGUCGCUCUGGUGGUGGCAAGAGCCGCCAGCGCAUGAUUACGCCACGUGUAACACGUCUUGACCGUGAGCACAGGCUCGAAAUGGCUCUGGACGCAAUGCACGCAGCGAUUCGGGCGACCAAGCGUGAGGCAGAUGGGGACGCGGCUACGCCGGCCAGUAACGCUAGUGCUCUGCCGGACUCGGUGGAUGUAGAAGAAGUCACCUGCCUUAUUCCAGGAGCGCGUCUCCACCAGCUCUUCACGGCGGUGAACACCCCAAUGGGUGCCUCUGACCCCAUGGCACAGGUGGGAGCCUCGUUCCGCGCGGCACUGAAUCGCCUGUACCCAGCGACAGUCGACAUGGCUCUACUCACGGAUGCGUCGUCGUCGCAUAAGAUCGAGAACCAAGUGCAGCGCGCUCGUGGAAGUUCAAGCCCCGGCUUGGAUAGUUUCGGGUACGACAUCUUCAGAAGUUCGCGGCCCAGCUUCUGCUUGCUCUGCUACAGCGUUCGUGCGCUGCUGGCAGUCCAGGCGUGUUCCGCAGAGCUGGAAGGGUUGCGUGGUGCGCCUGCUUCACACGAAGGGUGUUCGGCUCGACCCAUCGAAUUGGCGGCCGAUUUGCCUGCAGCAGGCCAUAUACAAGCUAUACGCCGGUGUCUUGUCGCGUCGCUUCACGCGCUGGCUCGACGUCAACGGCCACCACGCUGA